CUUCAAAAACGACCUCCAUAUGGGAUAGGAGGAAUCGCACAACUAUGUGCAAAAGAGAGUUUGCAGAAACCAAUUCAUACAAAAUCAGAACCAUGUGACAUCAGUUACGGUGUACCGCCUGGGUCAAUCCUGCGACGCAAACUGUUUCCAUUUUACAUUUAUCAUGUUGUAAAGACAUCAAAGCUACAUGGGGUUGCCUGCCUGCCCGUCCGUCUAAGCUGUCUGUGUCUCUGUCCAUCCAGCCGCUGGCUAAAAUUUGGUGGUUCACUUUGGAGUUGGUGUUCUGGUGAGUUGCGGGACAUGCUGUAUCAAACUUGUGGGCUAAUUACUGUGUCACUUGUUUUUUUGCGGGGGGUUGGGGGGGUUGUUUUAUUCACUCCAGACACUUGAAGAUGUUUGUUGUCAAAUGUUUGCCAAGGUUACGGCCAACCGAGCUCCCCACGGGAUGAAAAACUUGUUGUUUUGAAGUCGAGUUGUUUUUUUGCCAAGUGGGAGUGUCCGUUGCGGUGAUUGGGGCUUCGGCGUCCUUUCUUAUUGGCCGCGCUCGAGAGUCGAGCUCCAGUGGAUCUCGGCAACCGGGACCAUGAACCUGUUCAAUCCUGCCAAGGAUGAGAACGUGUCCAUGGUGCACCCCGAGUACUUCAUCAUUAGCGGCCUGUCGGGGAUCCCGCAUAUCAAGCUGUACUACGUCUUCCUGUUCGUGGUCUACGUGCUGUCGGUGCUUGCCAACGGCUCGGUGAUGGCCGUCAUCUGCCUGGACCGCCGGCUGCGGACCCCCAAGUACGUGGCGGUCUUCAACCUGGCCUUCGUGGACCUGUUCGGGAGCUCGGCGCUGGUCCCCAAGCUCCUGGACGUGUUCCUGUUGGGCCACCGCCGCGUUCCCUUCCGCAGCUGCCUGACUUUCCUGUUCUUCUGCUACACCUGCUUGUCCAUGCAGUCGUUCAACUUGGUGGCUCUGGCCUACGAUCGGCUCCUGGCCAUCAUUUUCCCGCUGCACUACCAGGUGAGGAUGACGCACCGCUUCAUGUUCUCGCUGAUCUCGGGCUUCUGGGUGCUGGUGGCGGCCCUGGUGGCGACGGCCACGGGUCUGCUGACCCGCCUGUCCUACUGCCGCUCGGUGGUGAUCAACAGCUACUUCUGCGACCACGGCCAGAUCUACCGGCUGGCCUGCAACAGCCACUACCCCAACUACGUGGUGAGCUGCGUCUACCCGGUGGUGAUCUUCUGGCUGCCGCUGGCCUUCAUCCUGCUCAGCUACGUCGCCAUCGGCUGCACGCUGGCCAAGGUGGCCGCCGUCCAGGAGCGCCUCAAGGCCCUGCGCACCUGCGCCGCCCACCUGUCGCUGGUGGCCAUCUACUUCAUCCCGCUGCUCAUCACCUUCACGCUGAUGGAGAACAUCCACCCCGACGGCCGCAUCGUCAACCUGUCGCUCACCUCCGUCUUCCCUCCCGUGCUCAACCCCGUCAUCUACACGCUGCAGACGCAGGAGAUCAAAGAUGCGCUCGGCAGGCUCGUCAGGAGCGCGCGCCGGGGCAAGCACGCCAAAAUAUGGACGGCGCUCCACUAGGAAGAGAAUUACACAUUGUGCAUUUAAAACAACCGUGAAAUUGCUUUUUCAAAACUUUGCUCGCUUCAUGCUAAUGCACGAUGCAAUAGGCCAAUGAGAGGCUAAUGAAACGAGCAUCGAUGCUGCGGUUACGUUGAAAGCCAUCGAUAUUCAAACACAAAAAGUAGUCAAACGUGGACGGCACAACUAGAACAAUUUACAGGCGGAUAUUCUUUAUCCUCUGUGAAACACAAUAGAUAGCGCAGUUUUCCUAACCGUCUUCCUUCUACUCACACAACCAGAAGGAGCAGCCACUGGAAGUGUGAUUCCGAUCUGAUCCAGACUAUUCUCUUUAUUCACAAAACAAGUUUCAACAU